CCCUCUCUCUCUCUCUCUCUCUCUCUCUCUCUUUCAUGGCCUUCGCUCCACACCACUCCUACCCCAAAACCUCCUCCUCUUCUUCUUCUUCUACUUCGCCAUCCCAAACCCUAACCCUAACCCUAACCCACCUCCCCGACGACCCCCUCCUCUCCAUCCUCCGCCUCCUCCCGGCCCCCUCCCUCCUCGCCCUCUCCGCCACCUGCCGCCGCCUCCGCCGCCUCGCCGCCGCCGACGCCCUCUGGGAGCACCUCUUCCGCCGCGACUGGGGCGACGCCGCCGCCGACGCCCUCCUCCCCUCCUCCUCCUCCUCCUCCUCCUCCUCCUCCGGCGACGGCGGCGGGAAGCGCCGCGGCGUCGCGUGGCGGCGCCUCUACCAGCAGGUCUCCCAGCUCGGCUCCCUCUCGUGCCGCCGCCUCUCGCUCAGCGGCGGCGGCGGCGCCUCUCCGCGGCCGAGGGCCUCGCUCUCCCUCAACUUCGUCGCCGGGUGGCUCGUCCUCUUCGGCGGCGGCUGCGAAGGAGGACGGCAUCUCGAUGACACAUGGGUGGCAUACAUCGGCAACGGAUUCGAUCGAGUACUUAGUUGGCAAAAACUUAAUUCCGGCAUUCCAACUGGUCGUUUCGGACACACUUGUGCUCUAGUGGGGAACUGUCUUGUCCUCUUUGGUGGCAUCAAUGAUAGUGGAUUGAGACUAAAUGACACGUGGAUUGGGGAAAUCGACCUCAGACGUCCUCUCGAGAUCAAUAUAUCAUGGCGGCUGCUUGACGUGGGCUCUGUCCUGCCUCCACCCCGCGGGGCCCAUGCAGCGUGCAGCAUUGGCGACCGCACCAUGGCGAUCCACGGUGGGAUUGCAUUAGACGGUCGUCGACUCAGCGAUACAUGGCUUCUCGACUUGUCGGAAGGAUUAACAUCUGGGAACUGGCACCAGCUACUGAAUCCUUGCCCUUCACCUCCGCCACGCUCUGGCCACACGCUGACGUCGAUCGACGAAACCCUAAUGGUCCUCUUUGGCGGUCGAGGCUCAGGAUACGAGGUGCUCAACGACCUAUGGCUAUUUGACGCCAGCAAAGGCUAUCCGGAGUGGAAGGAAAUCUACAUGCUCGACGAGAUGCCACCCCUACCCCGAGUUGGCCACUCUGCGACUCUCAUUCUAGGAAGCAAAAUCCUCAUAUACGGCGGCGAGGAUUCGCAGAGGCACCGGAAAGACGACUUCUGGGUAUUAGAGGCGGCCAAUCUAUUGAAACUUCGACCGGAUUCGAUGAAAACACGAAAGAAGAUGUGGAAAAAGCUCUCGGUCGAAGGCCAAAGCCCUAACUGCCGGUCGUUCCACGGAGCGUGUGCCGACCGAUCCGGUCGCUACGUCUACGUGUUCGGGGGGAUGGUGGACGGCGUUGUUCAUCCGGCUGAAGCCUACGGAUUGAGAUUUGACGGGGAUUUGUAUCAGGUGGAGCUCAUGCUGCAGUUGUAGAAGUAGGAAUGAGAAAGUGUUUUUGUAUCAGAUAAAAAGGAGUUGUCAAAUAUGUUGAAUCAUGUUGUAUAGAGAAUAAAAGUACUCUCAUGGUGUACUUCUUUUUACUGAUGCAUAUCUAUUCAGAUAGUCAAUUAUUUUAGGGUAAAAAUGCACAGAACUUA